GGGGGCAGCGGCGGCGAGUCGAGCGCCAGGCGGGUCUUGCGAGCAGAGUGUCCUCUUCUGGCCGGAGUCCGGACGUCCUUCCGUCGCCACUCAAUUCUUGCUGCGCCACCAGGUCCUGCUGCCGCUGCUGCUGCUCUUGCCGCCGCCAUGGCUCCGAUGACGGUGAAGGCCUACCUGCUGGGCAAGGAAGAGGUGACCCGCGAGAUCCGCCGCUUCGCCCUGGACAAGCCCGCUCGCUACCAGCCCAUCCGGGACAAGGUGGCCGAGCUCUUCCAGGGGCUCCUCCGGAACUCCGCGGCCGCCUCGGGCGCCUUCCAGAUGUACUACAAAGAUGAAGAUGGAGAUAUGGUUGCUUUUUCCAGUGAUGAAGAAUUGAAGCUGGCCCUACCCUCUGUGAAAGAUGGCAUUUUUCGCAUUUAUGUUAAAGAGAAAAAGGAACUGAAGCGUGAACACCUGCACCGCCAAUCGUGCAGCCAGGAACGUCCUCAAAAUCUGGUGCAUCCAAAUGUGAUCUGUGAUAGCUGUGAUGGCCCAGUUGUAGGUGCCAGAUUUAAGUGCACGAUUUGUCCAAACUAUGACCUGUGCAGCACUUGUGAGGGGAAAGGUGUCCAUAAGGAACACAACAUGAUCAUGUUUCCAAGCCCACUGAUCCAUCCAUUCGAGUGGCUUCCCCGAGGUCGCUGGUUUCGUAAGAUGAGACAUGGCGGUGCACCUUUUGGUUGGAUUCAAGGCUGGGGGCAGCCUUGUCCUGCUCGUCAGCAUCAAAAUUCUGACCAGGCCGAAGCUGCCACCUCUUCCCAGGCUGCUGCUCCUGAGCAAGAAGCCUCUGACAAUCAGCCUCAGGAUCCCAGUGUCACAUUCCUAAAGAAUGUUGGAGAAAGUGUUGCUGCCUUGCUGAGUCCUCUUGGCAUUGAUGUUGAUAUUGAUGUGGAACAUGAGGGUCAGAGAAGCAAAGUGGCCCCUACGCAACCCAGCUCUGAGAAGGACAACCCUGAUCUCAGCACCUUCAAGGACCAGACCAGACCAGAAGCAAGUGACAAAAGCAAACCAGAUUCUGAGGCAGAGGAUGCUCUUUCAGACCAGCUACAAGACAUGAUGGUAUGCUCUCCUUUGCAAAUGGAAGACGAGACCCUUUUGCCACAGGAACAAGGUGAAUCCAGUAGCAGUUUAGCAGGAGAUGAGGACUGGACCCACUUAUCUCCAAAGGAAGUAGAUCCUUCAACUGGUGAGGUGCAGUCUUUGCUCAUGCCAGAGACAGACAACCCAAGCUCUCUGGACCCAAGUAAAGCUCCUGCCAGCACUGGACCAACAGGAUUGCGAGAGGCUGCCAUCUACCCACACCUUCCACCAGAAGCAGAUCCUCGACUGAUUGAAUCCUUGUCCCAGAUGUUGUCCAUGGGAUUCUCUGAUGAAGGAGGCUGGCUUACUCAUCUGUUGCAUUCCAAGAAGUAUGACAUUGGAGCAGCCCUGGAUGCUAUCCAGUAUGCCAAGCAGCCACGAGCUUCCAAGUAGCAUGUGUGCAACACAUAAUCCGUAAAGCAGAUUGUUGAAGCUACUUCUUCUGAAUAACCUACUUUUUGUAUCUUUCCCCCUUCCUGUAAUGAGUUGACUGUAUUUCCAUAUUCUCAAUUCAUACUGUAAGAAUAAAUAUUCUUCUUAGCGUUUCCAACUUA